CACAACACAAUAAUUCUUAUAUAUAUGUAUACACAUUCCUACUAACCAAAAAUCCAUCAUCAAGAGAGAGAUAAAUCAAGAAUGGGUGCUCUUUUACUUGUUGUGUUACUUUUCUUGAGUUCAGCCACUCCGCAUUCAUAUGCAAGUUCCGUCGUACAUAGCAAUGAUACACAGAAAACAUGGUGCAUUGCAAAACCGUCGUCGGAAGAGAGCAUUCUUAUAGCGAAUAUCAACUAUGCUUGCUCUCAAGUAGACUGCAGAAUUCUGCAGAAGGGAUGCCCUUGCUUCAUACCUAAUAAUUUGAUCAACCAUGCCUCAAUUGCCAUGAAUCUCUACUAUCACUCUAAAGGCAGCAACCACUGGAAUUGCUACUUUGGUAACUCGGGCCUUCUCGUCGUCACCAACCUGAGUUAUGGAAGCUGCAUUUAUGAAUAAUGAGGGCUUGAGUGACAUUGUAGCAAGGAACUAUUGAUUCAUGACAAUGAAAAUCAUGGAUUACAAAUAAUUUAUUUGAUCAUUUUAUUUUACUGCUAUUAUUGUAUUUGGUUAGUACUAUGUAAUUUAGUAUCUCGAUGGUUAGGAGUCAGGACAUAAAAGUUUAGUACUUUCCAUGUAAAAUAAAUUGUGUAUGUAUUUUGACCAUUUUCAUUAAA